UUUUCCAAAGAAGGGUUUUUUGUAUCCUCUUCUUCAAAAACUUUUCAAUGGAAACAAAAAACAAUAAGAUGAAAAAAACGACGCCGUCACAGUUAGCGACGGUAGAGAGUAUGAAUAACUUCUCCGACGAUAUACUAACUCACAUUAUCUCUUUUCUCCCAUUCAAACAAGCUAUCAGAACCAGCAUCCUCUCCAAGAGAUGGCUUCCGCUGUGCCAGUCACUCUUCGUUCUCACCUUCGAUGACAGCCGCGUGAAAAACACGAACGACUGGAUUCUCUUCUGUCGACAAAUCGACCAAGUUAUGUUCUCUCCACGCUCUCACCAAGUAACCCUAAAAUCUUUUCAUCUCAAAUGUCGUUCCAAACUCUGGAAAACCAAAGCUGAAUGUUUCAGUUUCAACAAAUGGAUUGAAGAAGCAAAACGACGCCGAAUUGAGGAACUCAAUUUAACCUUAUUAUUUGAUGUUCCUUUAAUACCUAACAUUUUUUGUUGCUGUAAAACACUUGUGAUUCUUAAAUUGCGGAGAAUACGUGUAGCCACCAAUAUGAUUGAUUGUUCUGUUGAUCUUCCUUUGCUCAAAACAUUGUAUUUGUUUGAUAUUAGUUUUAAACACAUGAAUGAUUUCAUGAAACUUCUCUCCGGGUGUCCUAAAUUGGAGAAUUUAGAAACUUCAUAUGUUAACGGUGUUAAAGAUGAUGGAGGGUACUUUAAACCCUUAUCCAAUUUGAUCAAGGCUAGUAUUAGUUUAUUCGAGGUUCCGUUUAGAGCUGUUUAUAAUGUCAAAACUUUAACCAUAUUCGAGUUGGGCAGAAAUCUUGGCAACGAAGGAACCAAUUCAUAUUACAAAGCCUUGCCCGUGUUUAAAAACUUAACAAAACUUCAACUAGAAUGGAUUCAAGGCACCCAUGAUUGGGAUGAGGUUGUGAAAAUGCUUCAAAAUUGUCCCACACUUCAAACACUUGAAAUUGAAAAGUGCCGGCAGAAGUCAACAACUAUAGAGGAUUGGAAAUACCCGGAUCAUGUUCCUGAAUGUGUUUCCUCUCAUCUAACAACAUGUAUAAUUAUGAAUUAUGAAGCCGUGGAAGCUGAUUUUCGGUUUGCAACAUAUAUUUUGCAGAAUGCCAUGCUUUUACAAGUUAUGAAAAUCCGCAGUUACCUUAACUCAAAUCCAAUGGCGAGCCCCCAAUUUUUAGAAGAUUUAACCUCCUGUCCAAGGAUUUCUCCCACAUGUAAGCUGUCAUUGUUAUGAGUUCUAGUUCCUAGAUGUAAUGUCUGGUGUUUUGGUUUGUUUCUAUACAAAUCAAUGGUCCACCAAAGUCUAGGGUGCACUUGAUAACAAUGUAAUGUACGUUUCGCAUAGCAUUUUCCGUAAACAAAUUGCUCGAGUAGAACAAUUUUUGGCUACUAUAUAUUAUGUUAUGUACAUACUUGUUGCAUUUGUGGCAUUGAAUAUUUGAUUUAUUUUGCAAAGAGUUAUUAGCUCUUUAGUUGCGGUCUACCUUCCUUUGCACAAAACUCUCAUUUCUGAUGUUAAAUGCUUGAUCACUCGUGUCACUUGACCUUUAACUCAUUUGCAUUUCAUGUAACUCCAAUGGUGCAAAUAAUUCUAGGUUGGAGCUUUAGAUCUUUUGACUCUUGAAUUACUAUACUGCAUACUUGAAUCAACUUGUUGGUGUUUGCAUAAUUUUCUUCAUGACUUCUUUUUCUGUUAUAUUAUCGCUGUUAUUAUUUAUUUCAUUAACCAAUGUAUCCAUUCAUGAAAAAUUAUCAUGAGUAAUUUUCAUCUUUCCAAGUUUCAUUUGCUGUUAUAGCAUGGAAUUUUUUUUUCAAGAUUUGGUAGCUCCACAUAUUUACUU